UGGUGAAAGCUUCUUUCUCGGGGAUCUGCCACGUGUGUUAAUGGGUGCUAGGCUCAAUACCACCACGUAAAGCCCACGCAAAGGGCACAGCGCACAUGAGAUGGAGCAAGUGUGCACGCCUCAGCGUUCAUACGUCUCGCAAGACGCAACAAGCCUCUUCGACAUCGGGAGGCAUGGCAAGAUUGGUCAAUCACAACGCCUCUGACCGGGAGACAGAAAAGCACCGAUGCUAUUAUUGUGACCAUGAUCAGCAAUUUAGGCUCGAGACCGUUAACUUUUGAUGCGAAGCGUGCGCUAGGCAGUAGUUUAUUUCCAGCGUUCUCAAGUCAUCUGACUAUCUCGUCCCUUUUCGUUGAGCGCUCACUAGCGCUCCCAAAUGAGCAACUUUUACCUUAUAAACUGGCUCUCGACCUUUACCAGUAUGCGAGUCAGCAUUCCCUGCUUUCGAAUCCGGCACCAUACACCACGGACCACAUACCUCGCACCGCAUACCACAGUACACAGUCCACACACCACAGCAUACUUCAAAUCAUGACCAACUCUCCACCUACUUCAAUGCUGCCCCCGGUGUAUUCCUCUUUGGGGCCCUCCGAUGAUGAAGCAAAGGCUAUCGAACAGUAUUGGGACAGACAACGUCCCCGUGAUUGGUUCACGGCACGUGGAAAGGAAAAAUCUUCGCCUAAUAUCCGGUUCGAAUUCGUGUCGCCAGAAAAGACCUUUGGACGCCCUCGUUGGCGCGCAGUGCUCAUUGUAUGGGCAGACAAUAUUCCCAAGCUGAUGCGAGAAGGACUUCACUGGUCAUGUGCCGACAUCCAUCGUGGUUCGUCUUACGUUCAUUUGGAGACGCGCACGCUGUCGAGACAACCCCACUAUCGUCUCUAUUGGAUCACACGCCCAGGAUGGAAGGCCCAGCUCGUAGUUGACAGCCAUAGGCGGUCCACUAUUGUCAACUUUGAUCCAGGUUGUGUCACAUUAGCAACUACGAAGACCGUGGACGUAUGGAACUGGAACCGUAAUAAAGUCUACGAGUAUCGAACUGAUUCUCGACUGUGUUUUAACACAGUGUACGCCAAAAUGCCCAUGGAAGGUUGGUGGCCUUGGCCAAAGGCUCCGGGCGCUGAAACAGUCGCCAAACCUGAGGAGGAGCACUUGGCGGAGGAGGAGGUGAGGCAAAGGGAGGUGAGGGAGGCGAGGGAGGAGGAGCAAAACGUUUCUUGGGAUAGUUUCAAACCAUUGACGAUACGGGCAAUCUUGGGGCGUAUUCCAGUAUAAAAACGAACCCAGCUGUGUUGACCAGAUAACCUGACCUCAGGUACGGAUCAUUCCAGACCAGAAUCCCUCUAAGUUU